AUGAAGAUCGCCUACCUCUCGAUAGGGAUAUUGUCCCUCCUCAGUCCGCUGACCGCGGCUUGGGACAAGGAAGACCGCGAGAUCUUCCGCAUCCGCGACGAGAUCGCGGCGCACGAGUCGAACCCCGGGGCUACGUUUUACGACAUCCUGGGCAUCCUCCCGAGCGCGUCGCAGGAUGACAUCAACAAGGCAUACCGCAAGAAGACGAGGUCGCUGCACCCGGACAAGGUGAAGCAGCAGCUCAAGUCGGACCGCGCCAAAGCCGCCUCCAAGAAGGCCAAGUCGGGCGGCGUGCACGUCGCGAAGCCGCCAACCACGGCCGAGAUCAGGACCGCCGUCAAACAGGCUUCCGAGCGCCAGGCCCGCCUGUCCCUGAUCGCCAACAUCCUGCGCGGCCCGUCCCGCCAGCGGUACGACCAUUUCCUCGCCAACGGCUUCCCGCUCUGGAAGGGCACCGACUACUACUACAACCGCUACCGGCCCGGCCUGGGCACCGUCAUGCUGGGCUUGUUCAUCCUCGGCGGCGGCGCCAUCCACUACCUCGUCUUGUAUAUGAGCUGGAAGCGGCAGAAGGAGUUUGUCCAACGCUACGUCAAGUUCGCGAGGGACACGGCGUGGGGUAACAACAUGGGCAUCCCCGGUGUGGGCGCUGCGCCUGCGCCCGCACCCGCGCCGGCGCCCCCGUCCGACUCCGACGACGAGGGCCCUCCCAUGCCGAUGAACAGGAAGCAGCGGCGCAUGCAAGAGAAGGAGUCCAAGAAGGAAGACGGCCGCGGUCGCUCCAAGAAGACGAGCCGCAAGGCCCAGAGUGUCUCGCCCGAAGCUUCGGCAGGUCCCGCCCCCACCGGUGCGAGGAAGAGGGUCGUCGCGGAGAAUGGAAAAGUUCUUGUGGUCGACUCCCUAGGCGACGUCUUUCUCGAGGAAGCGGACGAAGAAGGCAACGUCAACGAGUACCUUCUUGAUCCCGAUGAACUUCUGCAGCCGACCUUUAAGGACACAGCUGUCGUCCGCGUCCCCGUCUGGUUCUUCAACAAGACUGUCGGUCGCUUUGUAGCCAAGAAGGACGGAGAUCUUGACGCCCAAGACUUCAACGACGACUCGGACACGCCUCAGCACACGCCCACCACUGACUCUGCUGGCGAGGACUUUGAGAUGCUUGACAAGAGCACCGACUCUCUCAGCAAGGUGAAGACCACUGGCGCCCAGGCCGGCGGCAAGGCCAACAAGCGCAAGGGCAAGAAGCGGUAG